UCUAUUGAAUUGUCGGCAUUCAAACAGCAUACGAUCUACAUUUUUAUUAUCGGUUUAACUUUUUAAACGUAAAAUCUCUUCUUGUCCUAUUCAAAUAUCUAUUUUAAAAAUAAGUACCUUUCAGUGAAAAAAUAAUUAACAAUUCGUUCUUAAUAAAAAAUUUGGAUUUUGAUGCCAACGAAAACAUAAAUCGAAUGCUUGAAGAACUGUAAAAGGCGACGGUAACCACUAGAAAGCAGGCAUUGGUUAACAGGACUGGUGAUAUAAAAUGACCCAUCUAGACAUGUUGGUUUUAGUGUUGAGUUGCUGCUUCAUAUAUGUAUCAAGUCAACAAACACGAGAUUUAGAAGCAUACACAUCUCAUCCUUGUAUACGAUCAUGUCAAGUGAAUCGGCCGAUGACGUGUACGUACGAUUUUACGCUUGAGUUGUACUUCACCCUCUCAAAGGCUUGCUACGACUGCCCAUAUAAUAGGGCAGAUUGUUCCCGGCCUCACUGUAUCCCAGCUGAUGGCGUGCCACGUGGUAUCAAUGUUGUAAAUAGAAUGAUGCCGGGACCCGCAAUACAUGUAUGUGAAGGAGAUACUGUGAUUGUGAAUGUCAAAAACCACUUAGCUGGGGGUCUGGAAACCAGCAUCCAUUGGCAUGGUAUUUUGCAGAAUGGUUCCCAGCAUAUGGAUGGUGUUGCUAUGGUAACACAAUGUCCAAUACCGGAAGGAGCAUCAUUUCAGUACAAGUUCAAAGCCGACAAUCCUGGAACACAUUUCUGGCAUGCUCAUUCCGGACUACAACGGUCAGAUGGCAUUCAUGGUGCUUUCGUUGUCCGCCAAGCAAUCGAGUUCGAGUCUCAUUUGGGUCUUUACGAAGAGGACCUACCUGAGCAUACUAUGCAGGUAUCUGAUUGGCUAGUUGAAAUGAGUAUGAAUAGAUUUGCUCAUCAUCAUCAAGCUGGAGGUGAUAAUAAACCUAGAUCAAUGCUCAUUAACGGAAAAGGAGUAUUGCAAGAAUUUUUCAAUUCUACUGCAAACAGCACUAGUUAUACACCAGUUGAAAUAUUCCACGUGACACGUGGUACGAGAUACAGAUUUAGAACUAUCAGCAAUGGAAUUCUCAACUGUCCAAUACAGGUUUCUAUUGAUGGACACACACUUACCAUGAUAGCAACAGACGGGAAUCCGUUCGAUAAAAUAGAUGUGGAUUCCUUCAACAUUUUCGCCGGAGAAAGGUUUGAUUUCGUACUGAAUGCGUCCCAGGCUGUGGGAAAUUACUGGGUCAGAGUACGGGGUCUUGCUGAUUGCGGUGUUAAACAGGCUAAACAGGUUGCUAUAUUAAGAUACAAUGGUGCCCCGGAUGAAGACCCUGCCGGAAGUACUACAUGGGAAGACGCCGAUAGAACUGGGAAGAUAUUAAAUCCAUGGAACAAGAAAGGCGACGAGACAAACAUUCAAGUCAGUGACUUAAAGUCACGCCUGAGUGGAAAUAUCGCUGGGUUAAAAGACGUAGCCGACAAGAAAUUUUACCUUGGCAUGGACUUCAAUAAGAUAGAUAACUAUCAUUUCCAUGAUGUGUCAUUCUACCCUAUCUCUGCUGUAGAAAGACCUCAACAUUUAUACAUGCCUCAGAUAAAUCACGUGUCCAUGAGGGUACCCUCGUCACCUCCACUCUCACAACAUUCCGAUAUAGACAAGAAUGAGUUUUGUGACAGUGACAGCAUCGGGAAGAAUUGUACAGAAGAGUUUUGUGAGUGUGUUCACCGUCUCCAUGUUCAGUUAAAUGACACGGUUGAGAUAAUUGUUAUUGACGAAGGUGUUACAUUUAAUGCCAACCACCCAAUGCAUUUACAUGGUCACAAGUUCUACGUCGUUGGCAUGGACAGGCUUGGGCAAUCUACUUCAAUAGAGGAAGUUAAACGCCUAGAUGAGCAGGGAAACCUUACUAGAAAUCUUGUUGAUCCCGUGGGCAAAGAUUCGGUCACUGUGCCUGAUGGUGGAUAUGUGAUAUUACGUUUUUAUGCAGACAAUCCAGGAUUCUGGUUUUUCCACUGUCAUAUUGAAUUUCACAUGAAUAUUGGAAUGGGUCUUCUCAUACAAGUUGGAAAUCCAAACGACAUGCCUAAAGUUCCAAAGAAUUUCCCAAAAUGUGGAAAUUGGAAAUUGAGCGGAUACGAGGUAGAGGAGGAGGAAAAGUAUUGUGUCAGCGCAGCGUCUUCUUAUAUGUCACCGGCAUUUUCGGUUGUGAUUAUUUUAUCUGUCAGUGUUGUCAAGAUUUUACAAGUUUUCUUAUACUAAUAACUAAGUACUGAUGUGUUUAUUCAGAGAAAAAUACCAUGGCGACAUACGCAAGUUUGUACGAUUUACUAAAAUCAACACUAUUUCGAUGUUUUUUCACCAUAAUUGUAUCAAUACUCAAGAAAACAUAUACGUGCAUUUUUUAUAUUUUUUUGAAGUUCGGGUAAUAUUUCUAUAUUACGUUGAUUGAACGUCUAUCUUCUAUAGCAUAUCCAGGAUAUAUCGAGAGUAGGGUUGGGGACAGUGGGUCUGUUAAAGGUUUGGUCAAAACGAGUAUUUUUGCCUCAGAUUGAGAUAGAUCACAACAUUAAAGAAUCAACACAGUAAAGAAUGUCUGAUUUUAUGGUAAAAACGUUUGCAUGCAGGUUGUGUCACACAUCACCAUAAGUUUGACGCAAGUAUACAUGUAUAAUAUGCUCAGAAAUUGUUCGAUUUGGGUUAUAAUGAAUCUCAGAUCAACAAUUUUUAUGGAAUUAGGCGUUAAUGACAGUGUGUGUUACGAUUUUCUGUCGUUGUUGUUGUUUUUAUCAUUGCCGGACGCUUCAAAUUUAGGAGAAAUGUCAACAACAAUAAUAAAAAAACAGAAAUAGUGAAAAAAAACUGAAAUAGUGAAAAAAAACUGAAAUGGUGGCAUAUUUGAUGUGGUUUCAAAUAUUAAUUUUAACAUAUCAGGUUUUGCAACAUUGUUGCACUUGUUUCUUUUUAAUUAUUUUGAUGGUAGUGUUCUUUUAGUUUGUUACAGAUACUUACUUUUAUAUAAUUUGUUGACCUAUUAAUAUUGUUCCAAAUUUUAACAUUUUUAUAUAUUUACACUGUAAUAAAAAU